UUGGCCGCUCCCUCACCGGUCCCGGCUGUGGCGGCCCGUGAAGGUUCCAGAAGCGGCUCCGGUUCGGGCGGGCCCGGAACCGUUCGGGGCUCCCGGUUCGGGGGAGCCGGCGGCUCCCGGAGGGGCUCCCGCUUCGGGGGAGCCGGAGGAGCUCCCGGAGGGGCUCCGGGAGGGGCCGGGCGUGUCCGGGAGCCCGGUUCGGUCCGGGUUGGGCGGGGCCGGCUCGGUACCGGCUCGGUAGCGGGGCCAUGAACGGCGGCGGGGCCGGGCCGGGCCCGGUGUGGCUGGCGGUGAGCAGCUCCCUGAACGCUUUCCGUGCCUGCAAACGCUUCUCGCCCGCGCUCACCAUCGCCGAGCUCAAGUGCAAACUGGAGCUGGUGGUGGGCUCCCCAGCCUCGUGCAUGCAGCUGGAGCUGUUCGGGGCCCAGGACGAGCCCCUGGGGCCGCUGGACUGCGACGAGGCCCUGCUGGGCUCCUUCCCCAUCAGCGACGGCUGCAGGGUGCACGUGACCGACCGCAGCGGGGCCCGUGCGGGGCAGUUUGAGGACCUGAGCCAGGUGGCCAAAUACGAGAUGGCCGAGAGUGACUACGACAAGAGGACAGAGUCCAUGCGCUCGUUCCUGCGGCAGCGCUCCUGGGGCCGUUGGGAUCAGGAUCGGGAGCGGGAGCGGGAGCGGGAUCGGGAGCAGCGCCGGGCGCAGGAGGCGGCGGCGGCGGCGUCGUUGCCGCUCGGCGCUCGCUGCGAGGUUCGUGUCCCGGGCCAGCCCCGCCGCAGGGCCACCAUCGCCUUCGUGGGCGAGACGGAUUUCAAGCCGGGGUUCUGGGUUGGGGUGCGCUACGACGAACCGCUGGGCAAGCACGACGGGAGCGUGGGCGGCCGCCGUUACUUCGAGUGCCCCCCGAAAUACGGCGCCUUCGUCAAGCCCCACAACGUCGUCCCCGGCGAUUUCCCCGAGGAGGACGACGGCCUGGACGACGAACUCUGACGGGACCCCCAAAAUCCCCCCAAAAAACCCCAAAAUCCCCCCAAA